ACCUAUUCUAAGGAUUCCCCCUCCAGUCAGAGGUCUUCCACCAUGGCACCUGGCAAAGAGCGGAAAAUAUUAUAUGAAGAUGUCUCUGAAGACCAUGAGGAGGUCAUCAGCACGGUCUACAGCAGCCCGGUCCCGCAGCAGUCUCCGGAGUCCAAUGAUGAACCGUUCACCACCUACUUUGAUGAGAAGAUCCCUAUCCCUGAAGAUGAAAAGCACUCAUGGUUUAGCUUCCGCAAACUCUGGGCCUUCACAGGGCCAGGUUUUCUCAUGAGCAUCGCCUACCUGGAUCCAGGCAACAUCGAGUCGGAUUUACAGUCCGGCGCUGUCGCAGGGUUUAAGCUGCUUUGGGUUCUGCUGCUCGCCACUAUCAUUGGUCUCCUGCUGCAACGUCUGGCAGCAAGGCUGGGAGUGGUAACAGGACUGCACCUUGCAGAAAUGUGUAACCGGCAGUAUCAAAAGGUCCCUCGAAUUAUGUUGUGGCUGAUGAUUGAACUCGCUAUCAUUGGGUCGGAUAUGCAAGAAGUAAUUGGCUCAGCAAUCGCUAUAAACCUCUUGUCUGCUGGGAAAGUCCCUUUGUGGGGUGGAGUGCUCAUAACCAUUGCUGACACUUUCAUGUUUCUCUUCUUGGACAAGUAUGGCUUGCGAAAACUGGAAGCAUUUUUUGGCUUUCUUAUUACCAUCAUGGCGCUUACGUUCGGAUAUGAGUAUGUUACAGUAAAACCGGACCAGGGAAAGCUGCUGAAGGGGAUGUUUAUGCCUUACUGUGACAAGUGCGGUACCCCCCAGCUAGAACAAGCUGUGGGGAUCGUGGGAGCGGUCAUCAUGCCACACAACAUGUACCUGCAUUCUGCUUUAGUCAAGUCGAGGCAGGUGAAUCGUGCAGACAAGAAGGAGGUGCAAGAAGCCAAUAAGUAUUUCUUCAUAGAGUCCUGCGUUGCCCUCUUUGUCUCCUUCCUCAUUAACGUCUUCGUCGUCUCUGUCUUUGCUGAAGCUUUUUUUGGGAAGACUAAUGAACAAGUGCACAAAGUCUGCACAAACAGCAGCAGCCCCCAUGCCGGACUCUUUCCAAAUAACAAUGAAACCUUGGAAGUGGAUAUCUACAAAGGGGGUGUUGUUCUGGGAUGUUACUUUGGGCCUGCUGCGCUUUACAUCUGGGCAGUUGGGAUUCUUGCUGCAGGUCAGAGUUCAACAAUGACUGGGACCUACUCUGGGCAGUUUGUCAUGGAGGGAUUCCUCAACCUGAAGUGGUCGCGUUUUGCUCGAGUGAUUUUGACCCGCUCCAUUGCCAUCACUCCAACCCUGCUGGUUGCCAUUUUUCAAGACGUUGAACACCUGACUGGGAUGAAUGACUUCUUGAACGUUCUUCAGAGCUUACAGCUUCCCUUUGCUUUAAUCCCAGUCCUCACGUUCACCAGCCUGCAUCCUGUGAUGAAUGACUUCGCCAAUGGACUAGGCUGGAAGAUCGCUGGCGGUGCGCUCAUUCUCAUUGUCUGCUCCAUUAACAUGUAUUUUGUGGCGGUCUAUGUCACCGCACUGGGACACCUUGCCUUGUAUGUGGUUGCAGCUAUUGUCUGUGUUGCCUACCUGUGCUUUGUAGCAUAUUUGAGCUGGCUGUGUCUGAUUGCUCUUGGGAUCUCCUUCCUGGCCUGUGGGCAAACGUAUCAGCUGGGACUUACUACUCACCCUGAACUCUUCCUUCUGAACAAUGUCGAUGCAGACUCAAUUGUGACUAGAUGAUUCCCUGAACUGCAGUAGCAAGAACAAAAACAAUCUUGAAGCCCCUUUGUGCUGCAGAAAAGGAUUUUCCUUACUUUUGGUUAGUUCAGAAACGGGUAUGGUCAAGCAUCAUGAAUGACGGAAAGAUUUCCUCCGAGAAGGAGCACAGGAUAAAACGGACAUCUGCAGAGGAGUGUCAGAUGGAAUCAACAGACGUUGCACUUGACAUCAGCCAUGAAGGUUCUCACAGGACCAAUGAAGAGCCAGAGUCAAACCAGUUCAUAGUAUCACAUACCCUAUGGGUUUGUCUUCCCUUUAGGUACUCAAAAUAUUUUCUUUAAUCCUUUUUUUAAUUGUAAAUUAUUUGGGUAGUAAAUUAUAGAUAUUUGAAUAUCUUAUUGAUUUAGAUCUAAACUUAUUCUGCUUGGUGUUUCUUAGGUCAGUUAAAUGAUGGGACACUAACAUGUUUUCCAGCUUUUGGAAGAUUGUCCAAAUGAGUAACGUUAAGAUUUUACAUUUGAUUUUGAAUGAUCUCAUUUAUGAAGUACACUAAGGAGACUACACAAUGAGAAAUAAUUAACUCAAAAGGAUGGGCAGAUUCUGAAGUGCAAAUCCAUUGGAGCCUAAGGAAGAAGCGUACAAGGCGUCUGUCAAAUGCAGAUUAUGUUCUGGGCAUGCUCUUCCAUUUCUGCUCUGAAAAACGCCCUCCCUAUCUGUCCAGGUACUUAGGUGCUCAGUUACUAUUGCAAUGAGUCCUAUCAUCUCAAACUUCUCUAGCCUCCACUGUGGCUAUCUGAAGAGGUCUCCUACUUCAAGAGCGUGGCAAUCUCACUUCCCUGCCCACCUCUUCUAAGCAUCUGGCCAGUUCUUCAAUACUGAGCCGCUCUAGGAUUUUAUUUCAGGUACUUGCCUUGCCCCCCACAACUACAUUGCUGACUGCUGCGUAGGAAAUGGUAACUACAGUGUAACUGGAAUGGGAGGACACAAAGAGCUGUAUCUUUGUGCAUUCAGUCUAACUUUGUUUUCUUUGUCAUCACAUCCCAGCUUUUAUUUGACCGACAGUGUGUUGAAAUGCUUAAUUCUCAAUUUCAAAAUACAAACGAUUUGUAGAGGCAAUGCAAGUUUAGGUUUUACUCCUGACAUCAGAGGUAGGGAUCUAUAGAAUCCUUGAUUUAAGUAUCUGUCUAUACAGUUAUAGGAGUGGACACCGCUCUAUUAAGAGUGCUCACCAUGGAAAGUGCCUGUUAACUACUAAAUCCUGAAGAGGGAACUUCAAAAUUUCUUCAUGUAGUUCUUCCAGCCAUAAAUGUAACUGAAUAAAUCCCAAGUACAGUUACACAGCAGCUUCCAUCUGUAGGUGAAAUGUGGCCUCUUGUCUUAAGCCAACCAACACCCACAGAAUGGGGUUAACUUUUCCUGGGACUAGCUUUACACAAAUGGAAUUGAACAUGAGCUUUGCAUUUUCAUGCCAUUUCAAGAAGUCUUGAAUUGAUUAGGAUAAUUUCUGAGAAUUGGAUGGUUCCAAACUCAAAGCUUGAGGCCAUGAUAUUCUGGGUGGGAAAGUGUGUUUUGUUUUGGUUUUUUUUAAAAGAAUAAAUCUUUUGCAGUUGUGCUAAGAACCCUGAGGCAGGAACUGCCUUCAAAUGGAAGAUACCCUGAAUUAUAUUUUUAUAUAUGUCUAUGUGGACUCAGUUCUGAGGCAUCUUACUUCUUGUUUUUUAAUUAAAUCUCUUACCAAUGAA